AUGUUCUGGCGUUUUGGAGGAUACUCCAAUGUAUCGACAAUCGAUACGCUGCUGGACAAGCAGAAUCUCAAGCUCGAAGAGUUGCUCGAGGAAUCAGACCUCAUCCAGGAACUGAAGUCGCACCACACCAAGCUUAUCGAGGUUCUUCGCGAUGAUGAUAACCUGCACGCGCUUCUGCAAUAUGUCAUUGCUCCACCAGCAAAGUCCGCAGCAUCUUCAGAGAAGGCACCAGAAGACGACGACGAAGAACCAGCAGUCGACCAAGAGCAGGAUGAGUCCGAGAAGAAGCGGUUGAAAUAUGCAUAUGUCGCGUGCGAGAUCUUGUCCUGUGAGACAUGGUCCAUCACCGAGGCGCUGAUGGCCAAUACUCAAUACCUGACCGAGUUCUGGGAUUUCCUACGCAAGCCACCUUCACUCGAGCCAUUGCAGGCCGGAUACUUCACCAAAGUCAAUGAGUGCUUACUUGAGAAGAAGACGGAAGAUAUGUUGGACUUCUUCAAGUCGCUGCCUGACAUCGUGCCUGCUAUCCUGCAGCACGUAGACUGUCCUAUGGUCAUGGACCUUCUGCUCAAGAUCAUCAGCCUCGACAAAGCCGAGGGUGGAGCAGGAAUAGUGGAUUGGCUGCAUUCGCAAGAUCUUAUCCCCAUGCUGCUUGCAAAUCUCUCACCGGAUUGCAAUUCUUCAACACAGACGUCAGCUGGAGACUUCCUCAAAGCUAUCAUCACUAUUUCAGCAAAUGCGGCGCAAGACCAGCAGUCAUGUAUUGGUCCAAACAGCCUGACUCGGCAACUUGUCUCGGAAUCUUGCAUGGAAACCCUGAUCUCCGCUAUGCUGCAAGGUGGCAACCCGCUGACUGUGGGAGUUGGCAUCGUCAUUGAAGUCAUUCGCAAGAACAACUCAGACUACGAUCCGAAGGUGGGGCUUCUGCAGAUUCUCCGCCAACGAGUCAUGAUCCUAUCUAUCUAG